AUGGCAUCGGCCCUGGCCCCUGCUGCACUUCUCCAGAGCGCUUUCCUCGGCAAGGAUCUCAGGCGAGGGCUCGCCGGAAUCUCCGUCCGUCCGGCAUCGCUGGGUCUGCGUGCGUGGACAUCUGAAGGCCAGCGUGCCGUCGGUGUCUCGUCACGACAGAAGUCCACGUCAGCCGCACCGCCAUCCAAGAAAUCGGGCAUGGCUGCAGCAGCAGCAUCGGCGUCAGCAGUGGCGGCAGCAACGGAGGGGCAAUCAGUGGACGCAAUAGAAAAGACUCUGCUCAUUGUGGGCGCCGGCACGCUUGGGUCACUGGUGGCACAGCAGUGGCAGCAGCGCUACCCAGGGGCGAAGGUGUACGGGCAGACGCGGUCAGACACGCGUCACGAGCAGCUCAGGUCCAUGGGGGUCUUCCCCAUCCUGCGUGACGUCAGCGAUGACGCCAUCACGGGCGGCGUGCCGUUUGUCAUCUUCUGCGCGCCUCCGGGCGGCAGUCAGGACUAUGAGGGUGACGUGAGGGCAGCAGCGGCCCUAUGGAAUGGCACGGGGGCAUUCCUCUUCACUUCCAGCAGCGCCGUCUACGCCGUCUCUGACAACUCCUUCUGCCCCGAGGGCGCUCCCACCGUGCCGCCCGGCGCCAGCCCGCGUGUCGACGUGCUGCUAAAAGCCGAAGGCGCCGCCCUGGAGGCGGGCGGCAACGUGGUGCGGCUAGCAGGGCUGUACACGCUAGAGAGGGGCGCACACACGUACUGGCUGCGACAGGGGACGGUGGAUCAGCGACCAGACCAUAUUCUCAAUCUCAUCAGCUAUGAGGACGCGGCAUCACUGUGUGCGGCCAUUCUAGCAGCGCGCCUACGAGGGCAGAUCUUCAUGGGCUGCGACAACCACCCGCUCUCCAGGCAAGAGCUGAUGGAACUGACAGUGAGGAGCGGCCGGUUCGAGGGCGAGUUCAAAGGCUUCACAGGCACAGAGGGGCCGCUGGGCAAGCGCAUGUGCAAUGAUGCCACACGGGCUGCCCUGGGAUGGGAGCCCACCCGCAAGAGCUUCGCCCAUUUCCUUGGCCUGGAGUCUUAA